GUACCUACAACGCCAAAAACGCUCUCUCAGUGAACAACUAAGUAAGUUUUAAAACACAAGUCAGUGGGUUUCUUCCGAGUGCCCCGUUCAUCUGCUCUGUCGCUCGUCCUCCACUAGGGCUUCCGUUUGUUUUGACUACAUGAUGUUGCCUGUGUGAGUUGAUUCACACAAAUCCCGGUCUGGUGUCGCGACCAAUCGCACUGAGCCGGUGACGCUUCGGGGCCGUCCGUCCGUGAGCCUGCAUUCAUAAACGGAUGUGAUAAGUGUUGAAUGUACUGUACAGAGACGAAACUUGGACCAUGGCGGAAGAAGACGACACGAAAAUCCGGAUUUUGCAGAGCCUCCGAGGAAAGAUAUGUGAAGCAAAGAAUCUGGGUCCGAGCUCAGGGCCGAACCGUCUCCGUGACCUCUGCACCUUCUGUACAAUCAGUUUGGACCAGGAGGAAGUAUACCGCACAAAAGUCUAUGAGAAGAGUGUAAGUCCGUUCUAUGGCGAGGACUUCUACUUCGAAAUUCCGCGCCCAUUCCAAUGCCUGUCCUUCUACGUGUAUGCCAAGAGCAUGUUCCAAAUAAGGGAUCUACCUGUAGGGAAAGUAGCCAUCAGGAAGGAAGAUCUAUAUAAGUACUGCGGGAAAGAGAACUGGUUUCACUUACAACCUGUGGACCCAAACUCAGAAGUUCAGGGGAAGGUUCAUUUAGAGAUGAAGCUGAAUGAACUGAUCACAGAGAAUGGAUCCGUCUGCCAGCAGCUUGUGGUUCAGAUAAUCGCAUGUCAGGGUUUGCCGUUGAUAAGUGGGCAGAACUGUGACCCGUACGCCACAGUAACACUUGUAGGGCCCGCCAGGUCUGACCAGAAAAAAACUAAAGUGAAGAAGAAAACCAGCGACCCUCAGUUUGAGGAGACCUUUCAUUUUGAGGUCACAAGGUCAAGUAGUUACAAGGGGAGGUCACACUUUCAGGUGGAGGAGGAGGACAUAGAAAAACUAGAGAUCAAGGUAGAGUUGUGGAAUAAUGGUAAUUUGGCACAGGACGUGUUCCUCGGAGAGACACGGGUAUCUGUGAAAAUCCUGAGAAAUGACCAUGUCCACAAAGCAUGGUACUUGCUGCAGCCGAAAGGAAACGGUACGAAGUCUAAGCCAGACGAUCUGGGUUCUCUACGUCUGAAAGUAACGUACACGGAGGACAACGUCCUGCCCACUGACUGCUACACGCCUCUCCGAAACCUAAUGCUCAAAUCCCCAGAUGUUAAGCCAAUCUCAGCAUCAGCGGCUCAUGUUCUGGGAGAUAUAUGCAGGGAGAGUUUGGGCUAUGAAGCACUGCUUCCUGUAGUCAGACUGCUGCUCCAUCACAACAGACUGCUGCCCUUUCUCACCGCUGUUUCCGGCCUGGAGCUGGAGAAUACACAAGAGGCCAACACAAUAUUCAGAGGGAAUUCUCUGGCCACCCGCUGCAUAGAUGACAUGAUGAAGAUUGUGGGCCGAAGUUACUUGACUGUCACUCUCAAACCUGUUCUCAAUGAGAUCUUUGAAUCAAAUAAAACCUGUGAGAUUGAUCCUGUCAAACUGAAAGAAGGCGAUAAUGUGGAGGUCAACAAGGAGAAUCUUCAGGGUUAUGUGCAGAAGGUUUUUGCAUCUAUAACACAGUCCAGCUCCAGUUGUCCUCCCCUCAUGUGUGACGUCUUCAGGUCACUCAGACAGCUCGCAUCUAAACGCUUUCCAGCGGAUCCUCAUGUGCAGUACUCAGCGGUCAGUAGUUUCAUAUUUUUGAGGUUCUUUGCGGUGGCUGUUCUCUCUCCACACACCUUCCAGCUGAGAUCCCAUCAUCCUGACCCCGAAAUUUCCCGCACACUUACUCUUAUCUCUAAAACCAUCCAGUCUCUGGGCAGCUGGGGCAGCCUUUCCAAGAACAAACUGUCUAGCUUUAAAGAAACCUAUAUGUAUGAUUUCUUCAAGUUAUUCCAAGAAGAUGAAUGUAUAGAGAAAGUUAAAAAGUUCUUAGAUGAGAUCUCCUCUAAUGUAAGUAAGGAGUCCAGUGGAGUGGAAGACUCCUUUGUGUUAAAGGAGGGAGAGGUACAUAAGCGGGCCCAGGGCAGAAAGCGAAUAGGAAAGAAGAACUUUAAGAAACGCUGGUUACGAGUGACCAAUCAAGAGCUGUCCUAUCACAAGCAGAAAGGGAAAGAAGCACUGUGCGUCAUUCCUGUGAAAAACGUCCUCGGUGUUGAGAAACUGGAAGAAAGUGCCUUUAACCGCAAAAACAUGUUUCAGGUAAUCCACUCAGAGAAGCCUCUUUACGUGCAGGCGGGUAACUGUGUAGAGACUAACAGCUGGAUUGAGGUGCUGAGUCAGGUCAGCCGCUGUAACCCGGGCCGGCUCAGCACGUUUCACCCAUCCGCUUACGUGAGUGGAUCCUGGUUAUGCUGUAAGGAACCCAAUGAGAACGCCCCGGGCUGCAAACCCUGCACUGCGACAUUGUUGGCUAAUAUUCAACUGGACAUCGACUGUGACAGAGAAACAGAACGAAUCUUCUCCUUCUUCUCCUCAAACCGUUCCAGACUACAGAAGAUGGAGGAUGCCUGUGCUGGCAUGUCAGUGUAUCUUGGGCAGCAGGAGGAGUGUUCAGCCUUCACUAUACAGGACCCUAAAGAGACCUUCCGUACCAUUAAAGAGCUCGGAGAAGUACUGGAUGAACUGCAGGCUCAUCAUGACUUAAAGGGGGCACUAACCGAUGAACCAGGCACUAUCGAGAAUCCUAUAGUUGGAAAGACAGCGUAACGUUGUGACUGCGGGACCAGGUGGUACUGACACAGCCACACAAGCAGAGGGCGCUGUGUUUGUCAACAUAUAGGAGCAUGAAAGCACUCUGAUAAUGCUCAGAGAAGCGCUGCCAUUCCACACGUGACUUGAGUCUAACCUCUCCAGCAAUUGCCUGAUCUGGAGUUACAGUGUACUUGGAAGAAUUUGGCCAGUCAAGAGUCGAGUGGCGUGUCCGUGAGUUGCUAUCAUUGGAAAAAUCUAGCUCUUUUCUCUGUGUGCCUGUCCGGUCUCAGUUUUAUAUAAAUUUUUAACAUCGUUUAGUAACCUCAAUCGCCAGUCCGCACAGUAAGAAAAGAUUCCAAUCACCUCUUAUUCAUUCCUAAACAGGCUGUGAAAGUCCAGACACCAAGAGUUGGUCUGAGAAAUUAUAGCUGCUAAAAAUGAAAACUCAUCCUUCACAUUUUUCUUUGUAAACCGUCAGUUUUUUCAGACUACUGGUCGUCUGAGUUAAAUAACCAUGUCAAAGGGAAUCUUCAUUGUUCUUUAUUCUUGUAGUUUCAUCCCUCUCAGUCCAUCCCUUUGAGUGUGUGCAUGGUUUUCUAUCUGUAGUGGAUAGAAUUAAUCUGCCUUAUAAAUUCAGUGGAGGUACUUACAAUCCCACACUUAUGUAUGAAUUAGGGACUAAUGCAGAAGCACUUUAGAUAUUUGGAAUAUUCCAGAUGAGAUUGUUUUAGAUACGUGGUAUCAACCUUUUUUUCCUGAUAUUGAUCAGUUACAUGAUCAGCUCUUGUGUAAUGUUCUGUAGAUAACGUUCAUAUCCUGUAGAUUUUUACUAGCUAUUUUUCUUACGCCAAAGAUGUUGUUUUGUAGGUUUUCAUGACUUGAAAAUGGUAUACAUGUUGUUUUAUAAUUACAGAACUUUAAAAAAAAAAAAAAAAAAAAAAAAAGGAAAAUGGAUAUCUAUAUUUCAUGGAUAUACGUUUUGGGAGCCUCAUGCAUUUGAUAAACAUAAAGAAAAUUUUAUUCAAUCGAUCUUUGUAACUUCCCCCCACACAAUGACAAUAUUUUAUAGUAUGAUGUCAUAAGCUCUGUUCCAAAACCUAGUGAGCUGCCUACGAAGACAGCACAGACGUGCUCAAAUUACAAUCUAUUCUAAAACUUGGGCAGCAAAAUGAAAUUAUAGAAUUGCUUCCUCAUUUGCAGAGAAUGCAGUGCCAUAAUGCACUGCAACUAACUUGGUGGGGGAAAAAAUCAAUCCAAGAUCGCACUUGAGAGAAAUAUUGAUUGUAAAUGUACCAUACUAAAAAGUAUUGUUCAAAUAGUUCCAUAUACUUAGCACACACCCAUAUUGGGAAAUUUGUAUGAAUAUUUUUUGUGAGUUUUGAACUGUUAAGCUUAGCAAAGUCUAUUGGAACUGGAAUAUUUGUGUGAUGCGCAAAAAUGUUAACUGCCAGGGUAAACAUCAAGGAAGCUCACUAGGGUUUCGAACAGAGCUAGAAACAUAGAUUGUUUGGUAUAAAUUCUGAUCGACAAUCUCCAGUAUCAUGUUUGUGGUGUCACAGUUGUGUCUAUUUUUGUGGUGGGAUUGUCAUGUCAUUUCCGGAUGACUUCCACCUACUGAUUAUUACAGGUCUACACAUUCGUGUUUUUAUAAAAUUACCCCAAUUUUAACUGUACGGAAGGGUUUUUGUGUGUCUUUUCUGUAACAUUGGAGACUGUUAUGUUCUGCUUGGUAUACUUGUGUUUUGCAUCUAGUCAAGAUCAGUGGUUCUCAACUGGUAAAUAAGCUAAACUUUUAAACAUAAAAGCUAAUACCCCAUGAAAUAAAACAAAUGGUAUGUAAUUAUCUUCCAAACCCUCUUAUCAUUCACAAUAUCCUCACUUUAAUGAGCAUUACAGAUCUGUGUUCAUGAUCAAACUGUUAGAUCAGUUCAAUGGCAUCACAUGUAUUGAAUUUAGCCCAGUGCACAGUAUGCGAUUUAGGCCACAAUAUUGCCUUCUGAGACCAAUUUCUGAGAUCGUUUAUUAUCGUACUGUAGGUUCCCUUGACAAAAACCCAAUAGGAUUUUUCCAUUGGCUUUUGGAUUAUUGCAGAAAAUGAGCUCUGUGACCAACAAAAGUUUAUGAUUCUUACACAUUUGAUUUUGUUCAUCAUGAUAAUCUUCACAAAUUAACAUAACUUUAAUGAAUUUUGAAGCCUAAAUACAUUCGGCAGCUAAACGGAGGCUAUAAACGAAGAAUACCACUGUCAAAUGACUUCAACAUCAUUAUCAUUAAGCUUCCAACAUCUUUUCAGUCUUUAUUUAAAAAAACAAUUUCCCUGAACGUUUGAGUUAUAAUAGUUUGCAAGAGUGUAAUUAUAAACAAAAGCGGACUAGAGAGUUUACCUGUUCGGUUGAUAAGGUUUAAUGGUUUAAAUCACAACCUCUUUAGUCCCAUUUAGCAACUUGUUAGCAGCCACCUUUUUCAAGAUAAGUAAAAGCUUUUUAAAAAAAAAUUACAAGGAGGCAUUACUGAUGUAUUUUAUGUUGUAAAGUAAAACGUGACUUUUUAUGUUAAUAUCUUGAGCUUGUGUUAACCACAGACCUUAUUUCAGGGAUCUAACCAAAAACCCAUUAAAAAAACAUUGUCUUCAGGAUGAUGGAACCGGAAGUGCUAAAAUGCUAACUCAUUUCUGGGUUUUGACCUACAAAAAACACCAUAUCUGCAGCACUCUAUAGGACUGAUGAAUUUAGAAUACACCGUUUUCUACCAGCAGUGCCAAGCUAUGACUCCAGAGACUGUUCAAAAUCCUUUCAUGCCACAAUCGGCACUCACAUAGUUGUGCAUUACGUUACGUUACAUUUGACCCAAACCAUUAAUACACAUACUGACUUCACCUUAGACAGGAAGAUUAUGCAUUGUACGUUUUUUAGUAAUAAGUAAAUACACUUUUUGUGGUUUGAAUAAGGUCUAUGCUUAAUAUAGAGAAAUUAGCUUCUUUUUUCUUCAAAUUCCAAAUUUAAAACAUCAACUUUUAUCUGUAUGGUGAUUAGAUUCACAGUGUCGACUACCGCCUUGAAGUUAAAGAGUUAGUUCACCCAAAAAUGGAUAUUCUGUCAUUAAUUACUCACCCUCAUGUUGGUCCAAACCUGUAAGAUCUUCGUUUAUCUUCGGAACAUAAAUUAAGAUAUUUUUGAAGAAAUCUGAGAGGUAUCUGACUUGUCCACAGACAGCAAUGUGACCACCACUUUCAAGGUACUAAAGACAUUGUUAAAAAAGUCGACAUGACUGCAGUGGUUCAACAUUAAUUUUAUAAACGACGAGAAUACUAUUUCCAUACUUUUGUUUUUUCCAGGUUCUACGUCAGAACACCGACUCAUUAUUGGCCGGCUCCUGCAUCAGCAUCACACGCAUGCGUCGUGCUGCUCAUGUGAUCAGCUUUGGCCAAUACUGAGCUGCCGUUCAGGCAUAAACACGGAAGCCUUCAAUGUGCUUACUGCAUCAACUGCGUAAGGAUAAUGACAGGGAAGAGAAGAGAUUGUUGAACAAAGUCGUUAUUUUUGUUUUGUUUUUGCACACAAAAAGUAUUCUCGUCGCUUCAUAACAUUAAGGUUGAACCACUGCAGUCAUGUCGACUGUUUUAACAAUAUCUUUAGUACCUUUCUGGACCUUGAAAGCUGUCUGUGGACGAGUCAUAUACCUCUCAGAUUUCAUCAAAAAUAUCUUAAUUUGUGUUCUGAAAAAGAAUGAAGGUCUUAUGGGUGUAGAACGACAUGAGGGUGAGUAAUUAAUGACAGAAAUUUCAUUUUUGGGUGAACUAACCCUUUAAGAACGCGAGUACAGAACGACGCAUCUGGAGUUCAAUACUGUGGCGUAGCGUCUUUUUUUCCAGUGUGCGACUGGCUUUAGUAUUGAAUCUGUGAUCAGAUGUCUUUGCUACAGUUCAUCAUACAGUCCGACAUGAAACACUGUACAUGUUACACAAUCUACCUUCUUUAAGGUCACAUUGUACGAUCUGACAAGGAAAAUUAUCACAAAGGAUUAAAAAAAAUGAUACAGUGUAUAGUAGGCCUAAACGGUGCUGGUUCAUGUUUGGAGCAGUGGAGAAGGUGAAUUAUGUCCAGAAAAGGCUCUCCCUGGUCCGGAUAUGAAUACGUGACCCUUUAAAAGGGGGGAGAAAAUGCUUCUCAUAUCUUUAGUUGUUGACAUCUGUCACUUGAUAAAAGCUAGCCAAAUCAGGCAGAUGCCAGCAUAGGUUGAGAAAAAAAACUCACAUAAACAUUAAAUACAGGUUGCAAUGAGGACAUGGUUUGUGGAAACCACAAAGUUUUAUUGAAUUAAACUAUUAAACUAAAGAAUUAUUGGCUGCUGAGAACAUUUUGAACAAUUUUGAACGAUACACAAUUUUGGUACUGCGUUGGGUCACCAGUUGGUGUCCAAUGUAAACUCUGGGUCAUGAAGCAAACCCACUUGUAGAACCACUGAUCUAGGUAACCUGACCUGUUAGAAUGUGGCAUCAAAUUAAAGUGUACUUAGCAUGAUCAUUAUGUGUUCUUUUAAAAAGACACCUUUGCAAUAUGAUAGAGGGAAAUGUGAAAAUAAAUCACUGGGGAACACAGGAGCCAGCAAAUGUUGCUUUCUUUGACUUUGGCAUAUCAAAAAAAAAUACCUCCAUAUUAACUCCAUAUUAGGGUUUUUAGUUGUCAGAACAUUCCAUUCUUAACAAACUCUACUUUUAACACAAUCUUAUGGCAAUUAGUAACUAUUUUACAUUUUGGCGAAUUGGUGGCUAAUUCGUAUGAAUUCAUACAGUCUCAUUUGUACGUUUUCAUACGAUCUGCUUACGCCCCAGUGACGAUUAUAUUUAGGGGUGGGGGUUAGCUUACUUUUUUCUAAUAAUCAAACAUUUUUGUGCUGUUCACAUCAUACAGAUUCAUACGAAAUCGCCACCUUGUAAAACAGUUAUGUUUUCCCGUGAGAUUGGGUUGGUCAAAACACAAGUAAAACUACAAGAUAUCAGUCUAUGUUGAUGAAUUUUUAGUGACGUGCCUCUCAAACAGAUAUAUAUUUUUGUAAUCAUGAAUUUUGAAAGCUGAAAGAUUGUAUUGAUCAUUGAUAAAGAGGCCUGGAACACAGUUUGCCGUUUCAGCACAAUCAAUUAUGCAACAUUCACCUUCUGUUAUGGUGUCAGAACAUAUAUUUGUAUUUGAUCGAUCAGAUUUGACAAAUUUGUGUGUUUUUAUCUUUUCUCAUGUGGGAUGUGUAGAUGUUCGUAGCACACUGUGAACUGAAUGUUGUCAUGGUACACGGUUGUUCAUCUGGUACUCUGAGGCUCCAGUGAGCUUCAGUAGAAAUGUGGUACUGAUCAUCCUCACUUCAUAACUGUGGCGAGCAAAGAGCCACGUGGGCUUGCUUAGCAUUGUGGUGAUACCGCAGACCUCCUCCAUUCAUCAUACUUGUCGGAUCGAAUUUAGUGGUUUCUGUAUAUUGGCGUAAUUCUCUGAACUGGGCAUAUUUUCAUCAUGUGUAAACAUAUAGUAACCAUUACAACCAGAAUCCAGCAGCCCUUAAGACCCCAGAUUAAAGAUUAUUCUUUAACAUUCCCAAUUUAGCACUUAUUUUUGAGUCGAUAGAACAAUGCAGACAAUGUCAUUUUUCUUUUUCUUGGAGUCUCGAAUGUAUAUCGGUACGAAUCUACAAUCACCACCAUAUCAUAAAAACGUUUCAAACGAUUAUGUGCUCCUGUUAUGAUGAUGUUUGUUCUCGAAUUCCACCUUGUUGGCGUAACUGGGUCUGCAAGUUGCCCUUUUGAAAACCUUAUAGUUUAAAUAAUGCAUUUCUUAAAUUAUUUUAUUUUUAGAUCAAUAAUGUAGGUCUGUAAAACUGCUAUAAAUAUUUGCACAAAUUUGACCACUUUUUUUUUUUUUGUCUACCCGAUUCCCAUUCUUCUUCCAAUGUAUUACUAAUUGUACUGGACAUGUUUGCUUCAUUUUGUUAUUUAAAUGUUUUUAUACCAUUAUUUUCAGAAUACAAGCUCACAUAAUUCCUCUGUUAUUAGUUCUGUGGAAUUAAUUUGCAAUAAAUAUAUUGUUUGUGUGA